CGGGCGGUUCGGGUAUUUUGAGGAUACAGCUUAGCGAAGGGUCUGGAUUUUAAAGAGUUAACGUAUCUGAUUUCAGUUUGGAUGUAUAUUGGAAGAAAAGGAAUCAAGGUACAAAAUGAAAGAGUCAUCAAGGCUAAGCCCGUAAUGCUCAGAGAGUUAAUUAGCUUCAUGACAACGUGACAGGAGAAUUUACUAUUAUUACAACGACAGGUUGGAAACUUGGCUCCCCCCUGUCCUUUUCUUCACAAAUUAACCCCCCCGGCAAUAUAUGGAUCUAAUGCAACAUAUACACGAUAAUAAGAAGUAAAAGAACUGUGUGCUUCGUGUUUGAUGAAACUAAUCACUCGAAGAAAAGAAUACACGUCAGACAUGGCUACAUGGAAAAAAAAAAAAAAAAAAAAAUUCCCAAUAUAACAAUUAGAUAACUUUUCGAACGUUGAGUAGCAUAACGAAAGUCUUAGACAGGUGAGUUGAAGUAGAAGUAGGAAGAGAAGUAUUAGCAGAUCCAUAGCAGUGGGUUAGUUGUAGAGAGUUCGUAGUGAGGCAGAAAUCAUCAUAAGAAUACGUAUACAGUGUUGAAGCAAGAUAUACACUGUAGUUACUCUGUGGACAAGAUGAGCAAGACAUCUGAAUGCACCACAAAUGGUUUCACUAGCUCGAUCAAAGCCUUUCUCAGAAUACUUGGAAUGAAGACAUUCUAUAAUAUCCGAAAUAUCAUAAGUACUGCCUACACAGGAAAGUGGCUAGCCUGUCGAGGCGGGACAGUGGUUAGUGACACUAUCUACUGGGCCGAAGGGCCCGGGUUCGAAUCCCGCUGUAGGUAGGUAGGUAGGUAGGAAGGAAGGUAGGGGGCGGGGCGGGGAUCUGCAUAAAAUUCCUUCAUAUAUAUAAUUUUUUUUCUUCUUCCUCGUAUAUAAUUAAUUAAUAAAAUUCCUGCUUUUAUAAUUAAUAAAUAUAUUUUUCAUAUUUCACACAUCACCAGAUUUUUCCAAUUUUCAUUGAUUUCACAUCAUUGUUUGUAUUGUAAUCUAUUCAUCUUACUCACAUUUAUAACUAAUAAACCUUUUCUUCAUAUUUGAUAGUCGUUUUGUCACUUUUCAUCAAUUUUACGACUUCAUGGAAAUGUGAUGUUUCUAAUACAAACAUUCCAUCCCACCAAAUUACAAACAGGCAUCUAACUUGACUUUGAAUUUCAAUUUUUCGAAGAUAAUUACACUUUCUUGAACACAAGCACAUUUUUUUUACAACGUAACAACACAGAAACAAGUGACUUCAUUUCCUCUCUCUGAACUGACCGUUAAAGUUUUCAACUGUGCACUUAACCAACAGGAAAUAUUCAAUUUUGUCAGCAACAACAAAAGUCCUUUCAUUUGAUGAAAUAAAUGACUACUUUAACAUUACAUGUCAUAUUCCAUACCAUCAUGUGUCAGCUGUGUGAGAUUAAAUGCCAUUUACAAUACAUCCAUCGUUUCUGGGCAAAAUCUUCAAAUAUAGUUAAUCGGGACUGGUGCCAAUAUGCCUACUCUGACAAUAAAAAGAUUUUAAUUAGGAGGCACAACAGUGAGCACAGCAAAUUUGUAGGAAUUUCCUUAUUCAUUGUAUAUAUAUAUAUCUUGAUUUGAUCAAACUCAUCAGAAAGUAACCCAAAUUACACACGACAUUGCAUGGAGAUGUGUAAAUCUGAUUACAUCAUUUGCAAUCAAUUCAGUAUCUCUUAAAUUCCAUUAGUAAUAAUUUAGUGUAAAUAAGCUAGUAAAAGUAGGUACAGAUUUUUCACUUCGUUACAUUCAGUUACUGGUUUUCAGUCAUGCCUCUUGGACAGAUCACCCAUUGCACUAUCAUUUGAAAUAGACUACUUAAUUUUUCAGAUGAAAAUGUUACAUACUAACUAAGUGACCAAGCAUUUAGAAUGACAGAAUACUAUCGUUUUUCAAACACAUGUUCUGAAUACUUAACACAAUUAAUACCAAUUCUCAUAAUCAUCAUAUAAUUACAUUAAUAUUACUGUUAAAAAAAACAUACUUUAAAGAAUAGACACUAGAAACAAGAAUUCUAAUAAGAGAAACAUGCUUUGGCAAAAUGGCUUAAUGCUUCCAACAUACAGCUUGUGCUUCAUACAUACGAUUCAGAUCGAAAAUAUACUGUUCAAUGCACUUACCUUUGCAAUAAGUAUCCAUGUUUCAUGUAUUCAUAUGUUUCAAAGAAGAAUGAAACUUUAAGAUGCACUUUUUAUUUUAACCAAAACAGGCACCAUCUUCCACUACAGGAUGCAAAUUCAUCUAUCUGUACACUUUGUAAGUUGAGUGAUCACAAUGGCACUGCUUUAAAGAAUUAAUUCAUUUAUUGGCCUAUCCUGAAAGAUAUGUUGAGGGUUACUCUUCAUCUCAUUAGAUAUAGUGGCAACAGUCAUACUUUGUCAGUAAUUGGCAACAGUUGUAUUUUCACAGUGAAUGGCAACAGUUUACUGAUUCAAGCUCUUUCCUGUUAUGUGUUUUGCUUCUGUUUUAUGUCAUGUAACGUGAUUUAGUAUAGAAAUAAAAUGUAUAAAAAUAAUAUUUAUGUUUCAUAUUUUCUAUUUAGGUUAAUAAAUCUGUUUCAAUAAGACAUAACCAUCUUUAAAAUUACUUAUGGUUAGAUGAUUUAAAUAUGCAUGCACAUAGUUUCUUCUACUUUCUGUUGUGUUAUGAAAGUGUACAUGAAUGGCAAGUAUUAUAAUAAGCAUUUUCUGUAAAGCUUAGUUUCCUUCCUUUUCUUGUUCUUGAAAUAUGAAUACCUUCUUGGCCUUGGAGGAAGGGAUAGGAAAUGGAGAACUACUGAGUUUAAAUUUUAAUGCUAUCUACUGUACUUAAUAAAAACGAAUUUUAAAGUUAUGUAAAAUUCCGUUCAGUGAUUUAACUAACAUAUACAAAAUAUCAAAUUAGUAUCAACCAGUUAUAGAAAACAUCUGAUAAUGUUAGUUAUGUUUUUCUGAUACUGUCCAGUAAUGUGAUUAUAAAUUACUGGGUUUUGAAAUGGCCAAUAUGUUCGGGUGCCAGUGAGGACUAAGUGUAAUAUAUAUAUAUACACACACAUACAUGCAUUUUUAAUUCUUAUUGGAGGUAAGUAUAUCUGCAUUCAAGAGUAUAUUUCUAAUUUCAAUCGUAUACAUAUGUAGUAUCAGUAGUUCCUCACCUAUAUAUGUACUCUAGAGUAUGAGUACACAUAUAGAGUGAAACUAUGUACCACAGCUUUGUAUGAUAAAACAUUUUGCCAGUUGAAGGAGAAGCAAUAUCAAGUAUAGUAGAAUUUAUCUACAUGUUUUUCUUUUCUUUUCAUGUUUCUUUCAUCUACUUAGCAGAAAUAUUGUUUAUUAAUAUUCAGAAGAUGCUUGAAUAACAAUAAUAUUCUCUUAUUACAAAUACUUGGUCAUUAAACGGUUCUACUCAAUGUUUUAGUAUUUGAUAUGACUUAAGUCAGUGGUGUACGACAAGCUAACUAGUUAAUAUAAAGGAAAAAUAAAUUAAAAAUAUGAAUUGAUAUUUCCACACAGGGUGCCUAACAGAGAUUGAGAGCUACAAUUCUAUUGGACCAUUCAUUUCAAAGUCUUGCGCUCAUUGGUUAAAUAUGGUAGAUACAGAGUUAAUAAAACGGGGGUCUCUAGAGCGUCAUUUUUGUAUUAAUCUUGCAAUCAUAUCAUCAUGUCUGGUCGUGGUAAAGGUGGCAAAGUUAAGGGAAAGAGCAAGACUCGAUCCAGUCGUGCUGGUCUUCAAUUUCCUGUUGGUCGUAUUCAUCGUCUUUUGCGAAAAGGAAAUUAUGCUGAAAGAGUAGGUGCCGGCGCUCCCGUCUAUCUUGCUGCAGUUUUAGAAUACUUGGCUGCUGAGGUUCUGGAGUUGGCUGGUAAUGCAGCUCGAGAUAACAAGAAGACCAGAAUCAUUCCUAGACAUCUUCAGCUGGCUAUAAGAAACGACGAGGAAUUAAAUAAACUGCUCUCUGGUGUCACUAUUGCACAGGGUGGAGUGCUUCCCAAUAUCCAGGCUGUACUACUCCCAAAAAAGACAGAAAAGAAAGCAUAACUUAUCCUUGACAUUGCCACCCACCCUCAAAAAAAGGCCCUUUUAAGGGCCAAAAAAUAUACCAAAAAGAAAAUGCUUAAUUGCUUGAAUUAGAAAGAGGCGACACAUGUACAAUUGUGUAUUUUUCUGUUUCUUUAUCAUAUGUUCUAUAAGAUCUAAUUUUAAUACAAUGUUGAGAGUAACAGACAUUUGCAUCCAUUAUGAUGCAAAUAUUUAAGGAGGAACUUAAAGGAAUUAAAAUUAAAUGUCUCCCAAAAAUUCAUAUUUUAAUCGUAUAUAAACAAUGUUUUAAAACACA